UGUUGUUUGGAAGUUAGAACUGAUGUUUCUGUUGAGACGCCAAGUGUUUCUACGUUGUUAGAAAAACAUUUUCUUAGUGAUUAUUUGUCAAGAAUGGAAGUAUAUCCCAUACGUCUACAGCCAGGCGCUGAAAUAAAAUCAAGUCUUUUGCAAUUUGUUAAAGACCGGGAUCUUAAUGCUGCAUUUGUAAUUACUUGAUGUGGAAGUAUAACACAAGUGAUACUUCGAUAUGCAACGUCAGUGGAAAAUGGCAUCGUAACUCAUAAAGAAGAGAGACUGGUAGAGCCAAUGGAAAUCCUUAGCUUGACAGGAACUGUAAGUCAGGAUGGUGCUCAUUUACACACGUGUUUAGGGAGACAUGAUGGGUCAGUGGUGGGAGGUCAUGUGAUUGAUAGUAUGGUGGUGCAGACAACAGCAGAAAUAAUUGUUGGGAAUGCAGCUAGUUACAAGUUUACAAGAGUAAUGGAUUGUGCGACAGGAUAUGGUGAGCUGUGUGUGUCCAGUUGUCAUAAAACACAAACUGAAGGAUGUUUUACAACUGAGUAGCUAGCUAGUUAUAAUAGAUAUUAUUUAGUCUGGCAGGAGUCCAAACAGCACUUCUAUAUCAUCAGCUGCAAAACCUUGAAGAUAACUAGGUCAGUUAUUAAAAUAUCAUGCAGAAAAAUGAAAUCUUCAAUGUAGAUGAACACCUGUAAGUAUAACUUCUAUUAUUCAAAUGGGUGCAUUUAAACUGGAUUGUAGUUUCCAUUCAGAACUGCUGGAUGACAAAUGAACAGAUAAUCCUGUUAAACAAGGCAAAAUAAAAGUAUAGCGGUUUACAGGUUCAUGAUUUUGUGAAAUUUCAUCCAUUCCAGUUUGUUGGGUUUACUUGCUUGCUCCAUAGAAUGUGCAGUAGACUUACAAAUUGGACAGGAUGAUGCAACAUUUCUUGCAACUGUUUUGUUUGUUCAGAUGUGUAAAUUAUAAAUCUAAAGGUGGUGGUUUCAAUCCCACUGGUGGUGAAAUUUUUUCUUCUCCUCUUUGAAUUAAUGACGUUAACCUCAGUCGAUUUGGGUGUAUGAAAAAAAUGUAAAGAUUUAGUUAUAAAUCCCCUUAUAAAUGGACUGGUGUAAUAUGUCUCAGACUGAAGUAUCUCCUCCAGUAGAACCAUGGUGUGGAAUGAAACUGAUGUUUGUGUUUUUUACAUUGCUCUAUUGAAAUGAGUUUGGGGAACGAGGAACUGUGGAAUUUUGAGCACUUAGUGAUCAGGGAUUCACACUCCAGUUCCAAUAAGAUAAAACCAGAACAGUUGUGCAAGGAAGGAAUUAAAUUUUAUAAAGUGUGAAUGAAUAUAAUUAUUAGAAAGUGACAAUUAGUUUAUCAAAUGAUAGUGGAGGAAAAAUGAUUUGUAUCCACUACAGCAUCAGCUAUCCAAUUAGCUCAUGUGCUUUGACAUCACAACAUAACAUAGGCUUGUAGCGUUUAGGUGCUCCGAGAAUGUACUAGGCUAUAUAGUACUUUUCCAUUGCUGAAGUAUGACAUAACUACUUCACAAAGAAGAAAUAAAAAGAUCUGCCUGCCAUUAUUGUAAUAUCAAGAUUGGUCCACUACUUUAUAGAGAUACAAGUGGCAAACUAAUGGGAAUAACUUUUAAAUGUUUGUCUUAUUAGUGGUUGUUCAUUUUUGUGGACAAGAUAUCAAAGCUCGGAAUGUAGGCUUACACAAAAAAGAACAUUUUAGACUUGUUCACUCAUAAGUAAAUGUGCAGUAAUACAAAAUAAAGUUUCAUACUUUGUGUGAAACGGAUACCGAGGUUUCCAACUUUCAUUUUGGUGACACUUGAUGGUGAAAAGGUAUUCCAAUCAAAAACGGUAAUGACCUACAAAUAAGUGUAGCCAGCCAAAAUGAUUUGAGUAAUUUAAAAUUUCAGGCUAGGUGCAAAUAAAAUAUAAUUAUAAGGUAUGUCAGCUCAGAUCAUUCACUCACCACACAGUGUCAAAAGCCCACGUUGAAUAUCAAUAAACUGAAACUGAUUAUUGCUCCAAGAGACCCACAGUAGUUUACCUCUUGCUGACAUAUUUGUGUUUAGUGAAACAGUCAUGUUUUGCUUGAAUAUUAUGUUACAUUUGUAAACUUUUUCAUAAAUAAAAGCACAUGUAAACACUAAGAGAAAUGAAAUUUUGAGUGUUUGCUUUGAUUCUUAUAAAUUACUUUCAGUCCUUUAAUGACCAAAUAGAAUUUGAAAUAAAGUAAUGAGCAAGAAAACUAAGAAUGAUUGAUUAUGGUGUAAUUGUAAUGUU